GCUCUUCCUCUCCCCCGACCCUUGCUAAAGAUGAUUUCACUGUGAAUUUGUGGUAGUGCGGUAUUAACUUUGCAAUAUUGUGAUUAGGUUUUGAUCGUUCUAUCACCGUAGCACUUGGGUUAGCCUUCUGUUCUGUGCGAGUAAAGAAGCGAAACUGAGGACGUGAAACCAAGGGGAGUGACGAGUUAGAAGGCUAGCCAUUUUGUAAAGUGAAUAUAGAUUUGAGAUAUAGAUCAUGAUCUUGUAAACUAAAGUUUAAUCAGAGAUUUUAUACAUUCAUUUAAUGAAUUAUGUGAAUUGGAUAAAUUUUGAGCCUUGUGCAUUCAUGGGACCCGUUCACAAGUGCAUGGCGUCUGCCACGUCCUCGGAUUUGGGUUCUGGGGCAUGACAUUAACAUUAUUUCAGACUUAGAUCUUAGUCUUAUUGAGUCACCAUUGUGUCCACUCAGCCUUUUUUUUUUUUUCUCCUAUGAGUCUGGCAAAUGCUCUUUUUGUCGCCAACUUUUCUCUCUAAAUACUUCAAGAAUGUUGGCUAUUAAGCCCAAAACAAUAUUUUCUCACAAUUAAGUCCUUAACUUACACUUAAAUAUUCCCAAAAAUUUGGGAUA